GAGCCGGGGCCUGGAGGGAGAGGCCGCUCCCGCCGGUCCGUUGUGUGGCGGUGGGACGGAGGGCGCCGGCGGCCCCUCGGGCGCGGUUGUUCGUGGUUCUGAGAAGGCUGUUCGGUGGUGGGGUUUGGGUAGAGUGCGCUGGGGCUUCCAUGUAACCAGUCUUGGACGUGAGCUUUGCCUGUAUUAAAUCCCCGUGACCAGUGCUGGGUGUCUGCACUACCUGUGUCAGCUUCAGCUUCAGGAUUGCAGUUUUCUGCGUGGAGUGUGGAGGGAGGAAAAUCCUUAGCAAACUUCAUUAACAUCCUCUUAUCCAUGAGAUAAAGCAAUACUUAGUCGUUUUCAUGAAGCUCUACAAUGCUGCUCUUUUUUUUGCUAGAUGAUGAGGAGGGCAUUUUCUGCUCUCGAGGAAGUGCAUGGGUUUUGUUGGUCCUGUGCUCUGGCAACACAGCAUAAGGAAAUACAAUGCCCUUUAGCCUUUCUUAGCUUCACACUUUUCAUUUUCCAGCCCCAGUAGUUAGUAAAAUGAAAUUGUACAUCUUUACACAUUUCACACUGAGGAUCCAAACAGCAAUGUGGUAAAGCCAUGUAUAUUGUCUGUGUAAAGGUGGCUGUUUGGUCAGCAAUAGAUGAAGGCAGUUUUCAUGGAUUUGUGAUCAGUGGCGGUACAACACGCAUGCAUUGGUAUCGAGCCAUGUCCCGGUCCAAGCCCAUGUGUCAUCUUUCAUGAGUGCAGUAGAUAUUUGGAGGCACGCCUUGCAAGAUCCUAUCUGUAAAAUAGAAUUGGGUGGGAACAUCUUGCCUACCUUAACCUGUCAACAGCCACCUAACAGCUCUGUAGUGCCACAGUUUCUACUAACAACUGUCUGCUGUAUAAACAUGUUUCGUGUCAGGUGUGCAGGAUUUUGUCACGGCAAAAAUAUGCUCCUGCUUGUAUUAAAUGGCUAUUCAGAUACUAGUUUUGUUAAACAGAAGAGCUGUAAAAGGCAUAAUGGUAAUUAUAUUCUGACCCUUGAUUACAUCACAUAAGUGACUUCUUUAAAAUGCAGUCGAGAGUAAUUUAGCUGUUUGGUUCAAGUCCGCUUUGUUUCUUGUUGAAGUGUAUUUUUAAUUUUAUACCAGUAGCUUUUGGCAGUAAUUCUUAAGAUGUCAGGAGCGUCACAGAUCUAGGGCCGUAGCUGUUGAUUGUUACAGCCUUGCUUUGGCUAUCACAAAUAUUAUAGCAAGUGUAGCUCUCCUGUUACUACUCUCUGUUCCACUUUCUGAACUGCUUAGAAUACAACCUUCUUAGAAAGUGGUGUUUUUCUUGCUCUAGAAGUGUAUUUUAUAGAGCAUAGUAUUGUUCAGUUUGUUUAGGGUCUAAAAAUUGUGUUUUACAGUGAACAGUUCUGUGAAUUAUUGAUCUGUGCCAUUCUGGACUUGUUUAAGCCAAAGUGAGGCAGAAUGCAUAGGAUCUUGGUUUCUAGUUAUGUAUGAAUGCGAUAGCCAUAAAAGUGCAGGAAACAGGAUGUUGCCAGAGCUGGUUUUCUUGCUUCUUAGGACGAAAAACAGUGCUUGUAUUGACUUUAUUUAUGAAAUAUAAUUUUCUAAGUAUGUUUUGGGAGGGUCUUGAUGCAAAAUUUUAUACCUUUUUUUUUUUUAAGUUUGCAGUCAAACGAAUCUAUUAAAACAAUCUUCAUGUUAACGUUUCUGGUCAGUGCAGAGCUUUCUUUUUUCUCGGAAGUGACUUUCUGACUGCCUGACUCAUUCUGUGGUCUCAUUAUUCAGGAUGUCGCAUCAGGACAUAUUGAAGGAAAAAUACAGAAGAUGAUCAUGAAAACCCUCUCUUUCUUGAAAAUGGGGCCUUUUUAUGUGUAGUUCCAACUUAAUUGUGGAACUUGCCAUCAGAGGGUAAUCUUUUCUUCCUGGGUCGUGACAGAUUAUUACCUGUUUGUAUUCAAUGGGACGACGAAUUCACUUUGUGGUCGACCCUCAGGGUUGGUGCUGCAUGGGCCUGAUUAUCUUUGUCUGGCUGUACAAUACAAUCUUCAUUCCAAAAGUGAUCCUUUUUCCUCACUAUGAAGAGGGACAUAUUUCACUUGUGGCAAUUUUGUGUUAUUACUUCUGCUCAUUGUUUUGUAUAGCUUCAUUACUAAGAGCCUCGGUAGCUGAUCCGGGAAAGCUACUGGAAAACCCAAAGAUUCCUAUUACAGAACGAGAAUAUUGGGAAUUAUGCAACAAGUGCAAUAUGAUGAGACCAAAGCGUUCGCACCAUUGCAGUCGUUGCGGACAUUGCGUGAGGAGGAUGGAUCACCACUGUCCAUGGAUUAAUAAUUGUGUUGGUGAAGACAAUCAUUGGCUGUUCUUACAGCUUUGUUUCUACACUCAGAUCCUUAGCUUGUAUACACUGAUACUUGAUUUUUGUCAUUACUACUACUUUUUGCCUCUGAAAAAAGAAAACUGGGAUGUUUUUGUAUUUAGACAUGAACUUGCUCUCCUAAGAAUAUCUGCCUUCAUGGGUCUAAUAAUAUUAGGUGGAAUAAGUGGACUCUUUUACACUCAGUUAAUGGGUAUUUUCACCGACACUACAAGUAUAGAAAAAAUGUCAAACUGUUGUGAAGACAUAUCGAGGCCACGAAAGCCAUGGCAGCAGACCUUCUCAGAAGUUUUUGGCACUCACUGGAAGAUCCUGUGGUUUAUUCCUUUCAGGCAGAGGCAACCACUGCGAGUUCCCUACCACUUUGCCAAUCACGUCUAAACAGAUGGAUGGUGGGCACAGAUGGGUCCUCCAUGCUGGAAAUGCAUUACAGGUUUUAUGAUAAUAGGACUAUGACAGCCUUCAGGUCAAUUAAAAUCCACACACCAAUUGCAGGCAUCACAACGUGCCCCAGGCUUUGUUUUAAUGGUGGUCUUGAUUCUGUUCUGAGAUUAACACAAGUUGUAUGUUUAACUUUAGGUGUAUUUUCUUUCAGAUUAGCUUUCCAAAGGGAUUUCUUUCAUCUGUGAGGUUCAUAUCAAAACCAAAUGACUGGAAUGCAGUCUUACUGUAUUUAUUUGAUACUGGCUCAAUUGAUUUUUUUUUUUUUUAUUUUUUUUUUGGUAGAAAACACUGAAUUUUUAUAUCUAUUGUUAUCUUUCUCACCAAGUGUCUUAUUCUGCCUUGAAUUUUUUUUUUAAUUGUUUUCAUCAGUAGGUGUAUUUACAUAAUAUUAAUGUCUUUUUUUUUUGCUACAUGUGUUUAAAAUUCUGUGAUACUGCCUUUUAUUUAUGAUACACAAUAGUAAUCCUGCAGCACCACACUAUGAAAGGUAACAUUUCAGUCCAAGGGAGACUUCUUUCUAAACCUUUCUCAGAGAGGUUUUUAUAAAUAUCUGUAAAUUUAGGUGUUUAUAUAUAGAAGUUUUGCAACCUACAGCUAUCUUUCUGCAUAGAUAAGAUCUUAGUGAAAAAUAUUAAUGUCUUUAUGUUGAUAAGAGAGGUGAAAUAUUCCAGGAUAAAACAUGCAGAUAGAAAGCAUGUUUUCCCUAUAUCCAAAAGAUAUAUUUGCAAUAAUUCAACAAAGAAGUUGUAUGGUGCAAAUACUAGAAUGAUUACUUUUUAAAAAUGCAGAUUUAAUUAGUUGGCUUAAUGUAUCAUAAAUAAAAGUGUAUUGUUAGUAAAGUUAUAAAUUUUAUAUUUACUUUUGUUUAGUCAUGAUUAGCUGAGAUUGGUCUAAGUGUUUGUAUAUUGGAAAUAUGUGUGAAAAUAUUUUAAAAUAUUUAUACAUAAAUACAGAUAUUUGCUACAAACAUAUAUAGUAAAGUAUAUUAACUGUUUUGAUAGGGUAGUAUGUUGAUAUGCAAUAGCUUGUUCUGGGCCCUUUAAUUAUUGAAGUAGUUAACCAAAGUAAGCAUCCUUAAGAUGUACAUCAUUUCUGGUGAAAUGAUGAUGAGUCCCAAAGUACAGGCUUAGUUUUGCUGUAUUUAGAAAAACUGUGUGUUUUAUUAUAGUCUUCUGUAUCUAUACAUAUAUCAGCAAAAGAUUAUUUUUGAAAUCUCUGUGGAUUUUUAUGAGAAAUUCACAGCUUUCUUGUUUUCAGUUGUCUGCUUCCUUUGUUUUCUAGUUCAACAGUACUAGGAUCCAUCUGAAAUGACAGUCAUGCAACAGGAUAAUAAGGCAGCACAGAAUCAGGAUGUAAUAUACACAGGUUGUGUAUGGAGACAGCGUUUGUUUGUGAACAGCUCAUUCAAAAAGAAGGGCUAGAUUUGUCAUGAGUGGUAUUCAUAACAAAUAUUUAGAUCAGCCCUUUAAAAAUCUUAACACAGUCACUACCAAUGUUGGGUGUCCCUUUACUGAAUUAACAGAUUUUGGUGAUCCAUUGAAUGUUCCAGAAGUUGCAUGUUAAAAAUCACUCAAGUUUUAAACUUUCAUAAAUUUCUAAUAUUUGAACCAACUUCAUUUUCCUUCUGCUUUUAAAAAUAGAUGCAAUAUUUUAUUCAUUUAAAUUUCAAGACUAAUAUGCAAACUUUUUUCUCACAUCAUUUUUAGGUGUGAAUUUAGACUUUAAGGUGAUAUUGGCAGUAAUGUUUAAACAAAAGGAAGCUUGAGGAAAGUGAAUGGAAAGGCUGGAGCAGUGCUUGAAAUUAAAAAGAAUGUGCGUAUACAUUAUAAAGUAAUGGCUGUAUUCUCUUUCUUUUUUAUUUUUUUAUUAUUUUUUUUUCUUUUUUUAAGGAAUUCCACUACAAAAGUGUCUCUGAAACACAUAGGGGAACAAUAGCCGUUUUGUUUUAUGUGCCAAUGCUUAAAUCUGUUUCAUGAGCAAAAAAUGGCAACUUUGUAAAGUUUUUCAUGCCAAUCAGUUAUUUUAGUUAGCAAAUCAUACAAUUCUGAAGCUAAUUGAGAAAGAAGAUCAAAAUUUAACUGUUCUUGGUACAUUCACUGUGGGGGCGUAUAAUUAUUCUUUCUGGUUUUAGUAUAAUUUUUUCAGCUAAUUUAACAAUGCACGAAGAACAGAAUCUGCUCGACAGUAGGAACCUUAGUUAUAAAUAGUGUAUUUAAUUUUUGUACAUGAUAUACAGUGAAGUAAUGAGACCAUUAAAUUUUGCCAGCUUUGUGAGGAUAAAAAUCCACCAGCAGCCCAAAUACCAUAUUGUGUGCUAUAUUCCUGCAUUCUUAAACUAAAGAAGGUACCAAACAUCAGAAACCAAUGCUGAUAUGGCACAGAUGGGGCUUGAACAUGCUCUGAAGGACCUAUAGACUGUAGGUGCAAAUGCCCACGAUGUAUCCCACAUGUGGGUGGGUGGUUGUCCUCCAUGGGGAUGCUCCUUCACGCUCCACACCCCCUCUGUUGGCACUCUUACGUUGUGAUGCAGUGGGUACUGUGAGGAAGAACUGCGUGGUUUGGGUGUUGUAAUUGGUGGUUGUAAUUGAUAGAUCAAAAAUCUGUAAAUUCUAAGGUGCUCACUCAAAUGACGAAAAGAAGAACCUUGAGGCUGAAGUAUCAGGUAUCCAGCUAAGCAGAUGAUGUACAUCAAAGUCUUGCCUGAUUCGCAAAUGAAAGUGGUAGUUUCAUAGACUCAUAUUUUCUCAAAUGUGUUUGUAUUGUUGCAUUUUUUUUUGUGAAUAUAUUUUUUCUCAGUCUCCCAUUUAUCCUUAACAUUAGGAAUCAAUGUGUAAUAUGAUUAAGGCAGCUAGUUUCUCUUUUAUCUCGUUUCUGAUUAUAUGGAGACAGAAGGGAGAAUUUGGAGAAGCUUCAUUUUUAGGAGACACCAAGCUUUAUUCUUUGAAUGACAGACCUUUAAAAGUGUAAAAGUUUCAAAAAUAUUUUAAAUUUUUUUAGCCAAUAACCUUACCAUGUUUAUUAAAGUUUCUGAAACUGAUUCUUAGAAGGGUUUUUUCCAGCAGAAGAUCAGGUAGUCUUUUGUGAUAUGAUUUGAAAUCCUUUAAACCUUGAAAUCCUUUGAACUGAACCUUUGAAAUAUCACUUAUUUCCCUCCAUCUGUCUUUCAUGAUUUUUUAUUUUAGUUGACACUGCAUUCCGAAGACUAGUUAGUCGUUUGUCAUUGUUAUUCAUUUAAAUAAAUCUCAUAGACAGUAUUGGUGUAUUUCAUCCUAAUGUAACAUCAGAACUAUACAUGCUUUAUUGAGGACAUUGGAUAUUAGCUAUGAACUUAACAAUACUUCAUUUCCUGAGGGUGACAAAGAGAUGUCAGAACACUACUGAAAAACCAUCUGAAAACAUUUGAAAAUAACCGGUUUGUUUGCAGUAUCUUGCAGCUCCUGGUAGGACUGACCAGUGACACUUUGCUAUCUUCCAUAUUAUCAGAGAUUUGAGAUUUCAUUUGAAAAAUUUUGAUGUCUAAAAUAAAAGAUGCAGCAUCAAAUAGUAUUUAUCAAUCUAUCCUCUGAUCUGUUCAUUUGAAAGACAGGUUCCAUCAAUCAGCUGGUAGAGUAGUUGAAAUACACAAUGAUGUUCAGUCGUGAGGAGGAUUCAUGAGUAAGAAACUAUCUAAGAACUGGUAGGAUGGAUUCUGAACUAGGCAGCUUCUUCCUUGUAUUGAACCUGAAGUUGGAUAAUGUGAAGGGAGUAUUAAUAAAAGCAGAGAGAAAAUGGAGAUGAUAGGGCCAAAAGUAUUGUUUUGAUUCGUUACCAAAGUUUACCAAAUGAAGUGAGGUUGCAGUUAAAUAUACAUGCUGUCAUUAUAUUAUGCUUUUCAAUGUUCAUCUUACAGCUGUCCAGUUUUAUUUAGUAAAUGAUACUUUUCAGAAAUUGUGAAUUCAGACUUUGUUUUGUGCUAUAGCGUGCCAGUGUAUACCAAUGUAAGACAGAUGUGUAUAAAUAGCACAAGCUCAAUAUAUAAACUUCUCAGGGCCUGUCCCUUCUCAGUCAGACCAUAUCCCUCUGAAAGGGUUUUGCUUGUCUGCCCUCAGUAUACAUUGCUGUUAAUUGUACCUGACAGCCACUUUGUAGUUCUCUUUUAGCUCUUAACUAGUUUGAAUGAGUAGUGGGCACACGGUGUGCUUUUUCAAGGCAUGGUAGGCCUCAGCUUAUUAUCUUCCCACUGCAUCAGGUUAGUGGACAGGUAGGAGGUAGAGGUUCAUUUUGUCACCCUUUGAGAUUAUCCAUUGAUGGCCCUUAGAGUUUGUGUGUGCUAACUAGUGUUAAUUCUUGAAGGACCUUUGAAACAUCUCUAGAAGCUUACUUUGCACUUUGUUUUAGGCAGAUGACUUGCUUAAGUUUAGCUUAGUGUUCCUGCAAGUAGUUGAUUCUUCGCAUUAAUGACAUGAUGAAUUUUUGUAUUUGAAAAAGGGAGAGUUAGAUUUAAAAAUAAGAUGUUGGUAACUCAGAGGCUGAAGCUGCAGGGUAGUGUCUCCCAUAAAAUCAGGAUGAUAAUGACUUCUCAUUCAGCUCUGGAUCGUUUGUCCAAAAUAUUUGCUAUUUGACACUCAGUAUUUCAGUAAAAUGUCUACAUAGUAGGAAGGGUCAUUGCAGAGUGCAAAUGAGCAUUUCCUUGACCUAGGAAGAAUUUUGCUUGUGAGCAUUUACCAUUGUGAUCAUGUAAAGAUUGGACCUUUCUUGGGUGUACUUGAGCCUCGUUUACCCAGACAAAAUCACUUCUGUUGUCAUGAAUUCUCUCCCAUAGCAAAGUUACCACCUUUAAUGAGUUUUGUUCCUUCCUCUGCUUACUUUCAACUUCUAUGGUUCUUUUUCGGUCUUUCCGCUGAGCACACAGCAGCAUAAAAUAUUCCUGCCUGCAGUCAAAUUAAUAUCAUCUUGGUCAGAAUGGGCACUGUGGUAGCCUGGGAAGGUGUGGAGCUUUUGGAGUACUGAUGUGAUUAAAAAAAUAUAAAUUAAAAAAGAAAAUUGAGAUUCUCUGGUUCCAUUUGGGUUUGGGUUGAGAGCAAGCUGUCAAUUGCUUAAGAGAUUUGAAAUCUGUUAUGGAUUCUGUACACUGAAAUACACAGAAAGAAGUUGUCACACCUUUUGAUGGGUUUUGAACAAGUACUGCCUUUUUUACUGUAAUAAAGCACACCUGGAGCUUCUUGUAACUUUAAACAUUAUUUGUAUGUAAUGAAAGUUGCUUUUACUUUGUUGUUGCCUGAGUCAGUAUCUCCUGGUCUAAGACAGUACAUGCAAUGUUCUGCUGCUGCCACAGGUACAGUUAGCAGCUGGACAUCCAUGGCUCUGGUGUCAAAAAAUAACUUUUUAGAAUUGGUCUGGUCAUGAGACUUGAGUUCUCACAUACUCAGAAUUUUAAGAAUAAACCUGAUCUUCUGUGGUUCAGUCUUUAUUAACAGACAUAACUGUUUUAAAAUGUGUGUUCUGAGCUGUUCUUCAGAUGCUCCUGAUAAUUAGUUUUUACCCAUUACUCUCUAAACACAUGGUUAAUGAAACACCAUGAUAAAUCAUGUUGCCAUUCUCAUUCAGAAAAAUCCAGGAUGAUUCAGGAUAAUUCAGAUAAUUCACAGUCACAUUAUCAUGUUCAGGAUAAAAUAAUUCAUUAUAUUGAUAUGGGGAUUUAGAUAUAGAUGCAAUCUUUUGCUUUACAGUCAUUAGGAAAUUAUCAAUAUGUAAGGUACAAUGCUAGAAAUAUUUGUCUAUACAAAUUAUUAAAAAUGUACUUAUUUGAAAAUAUACAGGCAUUGCAAAGGAUUAUUUCAGUGCUAUUUAAAGUUAUUUAAAACAGAUGAAAUGUGUCAAAUUCCUGCUUGGUAUGCUGUUUAUAUAAAAAUGUAAUUACAAUUGUCACUACCACACAGUAUGUCGGGUACCUCAUUAUCAUGUUGACUAUUUUAUACAUGUGGUAUGUAAGGUUAAUAGUUUUAAUAGUUAAGAGUGCAGAAAACAUACUGGGAAUUGUCUCCUGCGUUAGCAAAAAUAAAUGUAAUUAGGUCUCUUACACUAAUAAGUCAAAUCUCAUUCUAAAUUAGUCAAAAUGUCAGGACUUCAAAACUGUUCAAGUGUUGGCAAGUGACGCUUUUGGGAAGAAUUGGGACUUCUAAAUACAGUGUCCAUAAUUGCAUGACAUACUGCCUGACCAAAGAUUCAGAAAGCAUUGUUCUUCAAAAGAUUUUUGUACUACUUCUCAGUGGCUGAGCGUUUGCAGGUACUUGUAUCUGUGAGCUGUGUUAGGCCGAGGACUUCACUUCUGCUGAAGUUGCUCAAUGGCAUCUUGUGUCGGCCUUGCCAAACUAUGGCAGAGUGAUCAGUCAGCUGUUGCAACAAGGGCCAUCUAAGCACUGCCUGUAUAACUGUAAGAAUAAUUUAGAUUUACAGUAGAAUAUGUGCUUUUUGAGUCAGCAAAUCCAAAACUUAAAUUGUAAUUAAUGUGAGUUUCUGUGUGAAUAAAUAUUUCUAUGCACAUUCACAAGACUGUAGAUAACGGUGUAGUGUAUAGAGAGAAUAUCAUCACUCUUUCUCCUUAACAGCUUCAAUCUAAGUGCCACAUAGCCAAAUAAUACUGAUUUUUGUAAAUUAGCAUUCUGAAUUUUGUAGUUCACACAUGGGGAUGCAAUUGAGUUUUACUAAUUUGUUCUUUGUUUGAUCUCGACUGUGUUCAGACAAUGUUAAAUAAUGUUCAUACUAGACUUGUUGAAAAUUAAAAAGUCUAACACUGGUUACGCCUGACUGGAUAAUGUAUGAUGUGUAUGGCUGAAUAAUAUCAAACCAGGGAAAUUUACUCUGGUAUUCUUUUAAUUAAAUCUAAAAGUGCAAGAGUAUGUCCAACUGAAAAACAAUGUAUUGUCUUUUAUUUCUUUUUAUUCAUGUAAUACUUCCAGUUUUGCUUUUCAGAUUUAUUUAAAUUUUGUAAUUUUUAAAAUUCCUAUUGAGAUUUCUUCUGCACUGUAUUUUUUACAAAUCUUAUUUUUAAAUUAAAAAACCACAAAGUUUCUUUUUCUCUGUUGGAUUUAAUUGACGUUGGUUUAAAGUUGUGUAAAUACUUUGCUAAUACUUUCCAAAUAAUUUUUUAGAUUUUCCUAUUUCUUUUAUAAAUUACUGUCAUUAUUCAAUAUUUUUUAUUGUGACAAGAUUAAGCUCUAGUGCCAAAUGAUAAUUUUGGAAAACUGAACUGUGAAAAAUCACUGAAUGGUUAAUGAGGUACUUAUUAUCUAAGCCUUGGUUUUUGUGUUUGUUGUUUUUUGUUUGUUUGGUUGGUUGGGGUUUUUUUGUUUGGUUGGUUUUGUUUGUUUGCAUGUUUGUUUUUGAGAGAAAAAAUGAGUGUUAGUGGCAGCACCAAAAA